AUAACAGCGCAUCGCUCUCGGAACGCUCAUUCUAGACCACUCAAUCGAGUCUCUUUUAAACUCUCCUUCCUCUGCCGAGCAAGAGCCUCCAUCAGGAUGGCAUCUAAAUGUUAGCCGCCGGCGACUGCACCAGCUUGGAACCCCGGCCUGAGCCAAGCCAAGUAGAGGGCACCCUUCCUCGGGUGCUGACUGCGCUGUCUUUCGUGUUAGAGAGGCUAGUGGCUCGGAACGACCGGCUCCUGGAGAGCCUCAGUGGGCAGCUGAAUGGGCUUGGCGGCCACAGGUGGGCAAUGCUUGGGAAGAGCUUGAACGGAUUCCAUGGCGUGAGGCCGCCAAACAUAAGCAUACCCAAAUACCUGGAGAGGAUAUACAAGUACACGGGCUGUAGCCCGUCCUGCUUCGUGGUGGGAUAUGUGUACAUCGACAGGUUGUUGCAUAAGCACCCGGACUCGCUCGUGGGGUCGCUAAAUGUGCACAGGUUGCUCGUCACGAGUGUCAUGGUCGCCUCCAAGAUGCUGGAUGAUGAGCACUACAACAACGCGUUCUACGCGAAAGUCGGCGGGGUGAGCAACGCAGAGCUGAACAGGCUCGAGAUGGAGCUGCUUUUCCUCCUGGACUUUGGGGUGGUGGUGAGCUCGAGGGUGUUCGAGACCUACUGCUUUCACUUGGAGAGAGAGGUGCUGCUGAACGGGCAUGGGGAACAUGGCAAGAUCGAGAAGGCGCUGUUCGAUCCGGCACCACUCGAUGACGUGACCGAACUACCGGUAGUCGAAGAUGCACUGGCGACUGCAGACCCACCAGCGCUUGAUCAGGCUGUGGACUGAGCGAAAAGGAGUCCUUUUCUUCUCCACCCUGCAUACGUUGUCCAUGUCUUUUUCUUAAGUCUUCGUCUGUCGCUCAUAGUGACUGACAUUCUUGGCUCGGAUAGGCCAUUGAAUUUCAAGGGCUGUUUUGGUUUUGGCAUGUGCGUCCAGUGACCGAAGAUUACAGAGAAACAGGUGUGAGAGAGGAACUGUGAAAUGUGGCACCCGAACUUUCCCUGUCUUUGCUAACUGGAACAUUGUGGUUUUAGAGGGACAACGGAAAGACAUUUUCAUAUAA